AUGCUCUUUGCAAUCGACCGCACAGUUCUUAUUCUGAUCAGCCUUUGGGCCCGCGUAGCCGCGCCAGUCCCCUUGAAAGGCUUUCUCUGCUGUGGCAAAUUGGCAGAUGCAGAGGCUUCGCGCUCUGAUCGCGUCUCCGCAGGACCUUCUUUGCCCACAUCGUCAGAGUCGACCGAGAACCAUGUCGCCACGAGACCCGACAUGCAACAGUAUGCCGCACACAACCAUCCCAUGUACCGGCACCCAGAAGUGUACCCAGCCACCAACGUUGAGCACUUUGCGGGCGUAGUCCGUGCCGUCGUGCAGCCCGGCGACAAGUGGGCUUACUGGGUCAAGCCAGGAACAAUGUGGCAGUUGGACUCCAAGGGCCGCUUGACUCAGACAUCCGGUGACGGCCAUGGUCGCGAAUUUGAAACCGCCUUGCAAGCUCAUAUCUUUGACGCUACAAGUCAUGGUAGAGUCGUGGGCAAGGUCAAUGUCCCAAAAGGCUUUCAAAAAGGAGCGUACGAUGUACGCCGCAACCCGGUGCACGUCGAUGGACCAGCAGCUCGGCCGUCUGAUUUUCAAUCGCGCCUCACUCUAGACUCGAUGAGGCAGCUCGACCCAGCUGAGAGCUCAUCCGCUCGUGUGCAAGGAGACCCACCUGAUGCUUGGCACUGA